CGCAGCCGGCGCCAUCGGGGCGCACGUCGACAGCGACCGCGACCUCCGCCAUCUCUCCCGGCUACGAUACAAGAGAUGGCUUUGGUGGACAAGGUUUGGGAUGGUAAUUACUCUGCUGCAAUUUGUGUUGGCACUUUAUUUGAUGUGUGUUAUUAUCAAGGAUUUCUCAGCUGGGAAGUCUUCGAAAGAAUGCUUUUCAGGACACGAUCAGGACAACAGGGGCUGGAAGCACAUCCUGUUAAUGAUUUUUCUUGUUGUCAUGUGGGUGGGAACUAUAGUGCAGUGCGCUACAGGUUCCGAUGUAUUAAGAUGGAGGUCGUUUUAUGCAACCCAUGACAUUGCAUGGAGGGCUCACUACAGGGAGGUUUUUGAUCAUGGCAUCCGUGAGGUUUUAUGUUGUCUGGGGCGGGUGAAGUACUCGAGUGUGUUGGAAGAUGACGAUGUAUGCGUAGUGGCAAAACUAUUGGGCGAUAUUAUGGCUUACCGUGCAUCUGGAACUGGACAUCUUGAGCUCGUAGCAGGGUUUUCAUUGUUGCAGAAAUCCAAGCUGUCGACUGUUACUUCGAGAGAACAAGCAGAGGCUCGUCAUGAUCUUAUUCAAGACGCUAUUCUAUUUCAUCCAUUUGCUGAAGCUGCCUAUACAGGACCGCUGCUUGAUAUUGGGAGGAACCCUCUUAUGUUUCCCUGUGUUUGGCUCAAUAGGCAAGGUAUUUUGACUCCAUGGACUCGGUCUAGACGGCCAAUCCUUGAAGGAGAUAAUUGGUGGAGAGGACAUGCAGCGGCUUUCCUAAAGUAUGUCAACGUGGCCCCAGAAGUUCUUCGGAAAGGUCGUGUUAGCCAGACAAAACGUGAGGCUGCCUAUUUUGUUAUUGUCCUACAUGAAUUGAGAACAAUUGUCAUUGCCAUUCGUGGAACCGAGACUCUAGAAGAUGUUAUAACUGAUGGCUUGUGUAGGGAAUGCUCUCUUACUAUGGAUGACUUGGAUGGGCUGAUCAAUUCUGAUCAGUUGCCCCCUCAAGUGAAGCAGUCUGUCCUCUCAUCUUUUCCACACUAUGGACAUGCAGGAAUUGUUGAGUCGGCUCGAGAAUUGUACUCAAAGCUUGAAGGGCAGCCCAUUCAUCAAGAUAAGUCAGAGCUGAUGACAGCUGGAUUCUUAUCUUCGCUGCUUGGAGCUGGAUGUGAGUGUGAUGGAUACAAUAUUGAAAUUGUUGGGCAUUCUUUAGGAGGUGCUGUAGCUGCACUUCUUGGUAUUAGGUUAUAUAGACAGUUUCCAAAAUUACACGUGUAUACAUAUGGAGCUGCGCCCUGCGUGGAUUUCACGAUAGCAGAUGCGUGUUCACAGUUUGUUACGAGUAUUGUCCACAACGAUGAAUUUUCCUCGAGAUUAUCCAUGAAUUCGGUAAUCAGAUUACGUGCUGCUGCUAUAAAAGCCCUCUCAAAAGAUAGCUCGCCAAAUUCUGCUAAAGUUGGUAAACUAGUUAGUGGCAUCACAAGCAUCAAAAGGCAUGAUGAACAUGCUGUGGUCCGUUGUGCGUCUGCUGGUGCUCUUCAUACAGUCAGCGAGGCAAAGCCAAGUAACGGCGAAGUCCAUGGAAAGAGUGUAGUGCAUACAGUUAGAGGUGGUGUGUUCCUCUUUGGUCAAGCGAUAUCUUGCUUGAUAAAUACUCCAAAACAUCGAAUUGUCUCCCCUGGGGGAAUUAACUAUGAGGUUGGACGAUCUAGGACAACGUUAACCUAUAAUGGAGAAAAAAUAACGGUUCCUUCCCAUGGUGUUAUGGAUGUAGCACACUCUGAAGAACCUAGUGAUGCAAACAGAAAUGGAAUAUUUCCAGAAGCUGUCUUGGAUGAAUCUGGGAGAAGCUGCAGGUUACCUCAUUCAAAUAAUGGUAGUGACGUCUCAUCUGCUCCUAAUGAUCAUGUGUGUACAGUAAGUUUAUCUGAAGGGCAGUCACCAGAGGUGUACAUUCCUGGACUCAUUGUACAUAUUGUUCCAGUAAAGAAUGGUACUUCUCCAUUGCGGAAGACGCUUUUGACCCGUCACAAGAACAAGAGUUAUAAAGCAUUUAUAGCAAAUCGUCGGGAUUUUAUGGACCUUGCUGUGACCCCUCGCAUGUUCCUCGAUCAUCUUCCGUGGAGGUGUCACUAUGCCAUGCAAAAGGCUAUCGAAACACGGAAAAGGAGCCAGCUAAUUCACAAUUCAUUAACAGGAGGGGAUUCUGUGUAAAUGUAUUGUCCUUCAGGCGAGUGUAAAUGUAUCAUUAUGCUGAUUGCCGUCUUCCUUCGUACAUAAGUUAGGAAGCUACAAUCAUCUGCUCUUCACAUUAUUGACAGCAAAAGUAGAAGUAGCAAGGCCGAAACAGGCCUUAUGCAUAUCCUGAUGUUACAGUACUUGAUCUCAGCAUUGUUGUAUUGUGGUUUCCUGAUAGCUAGGCUCUUAGAUAUACCAAUGGAUAAUUGGAGAUGCCGCCUCAAUUAUUUAUUAGUUCAAGUUUGUACCAAAUUAAAGCCUCUGGUGCCAAGUUUUGCUCGGAGCAGUGUUGUAACUUUAAUACCAGCGUAUGUAAAACACCGAGUUGUAAACCUGGAUACUUUUUUAUCUGACAAAGUUCAGAAGUUAACGCUAUACUGGAUCUA